ACUCUACGUGGGAAAUUUGAGUGUUAUCAUAUUUUACAAGUGGAUUUGAGAAUGAAUUGGAUUGAAGAACAAAAUUUCCAUCUUAGGUAACAAAAGUUUGUAUGGAUAAAACUUAUAAAGUCCUUGCUGUCUCUCAAUUCGUUGCAACCGGACGCUUAUCCAAAGCAUCUCUGCUCCACAUGUCCUGUGUCUUCUAUGAAGUACUAUAAAUUAAGCGGGUCAUUGGCCAAGCGGCAACAUAUCGAGUGAGGCUCUAAACCUUAGCACUGAAGAACGCAGAAACUGUGCUUCAAUGGACACCGGUAACACUUCAAUGGCAAGCCUAGCCUCACAAAUAUGCGAUCAUAUUGCCUCCAUCUUCUCCAAACCCACUGCCCACCCAGCAGUCUUAGACCUAAUGGUGGCAGAGUUGACCUCCAUAGCGUCCCAGAAGGGUCGCGUCUUUCUCUAUGGAGUAGGCCGGGAAGGUCUAAUGCUAAAGGCCCUGUGCAUGCGCCUGGCUCAUCUGGGUCUUUCUGCCUACAUGGUCUUCGACAUGACCACUCCCCCCAACUCCAAAGACCUUCUCAUAGCCUCGGCUGGCCCUGGAGGAUUCUCCACCGUCGAUGCCAUUGCGGUGGCACGAUCCCAUGGUGGUAGAGUGUUGCUGCUGACUGCCCAGCCUGAGACAGGAUCCAGUGUGAAGCAUGCUAACGUAGUGGCUUAUGUACCAGCACAGACAAUGGCCGAUGAUAAGGAGGAUGGGGGUGGGGAGAAAUCAAGAACGUUGCUGCCUAUGGGGAGUGUUUACGAGGGGGCCAUGUUUGUGUUGUUUGAGAUGGUGGUGUACAAGUUGGGUGAGGCUUUGGGAGAAAGUCCUGAAGCUAUCCGAUCGUCUCAUACCAAUCUUGAGUGACUCAAAGUCUGGUAGAGAGGGGCCUUGUACCCCUGCCUUCUGUAUAACACAUUCUGAGGCAGGUUGUUGCUGUCAAACUUAAAGCCAAAAAAGAGAUGAACAAAAACUACACCAAGUUUGCUGCAAAACAAAGUGACCCUUGUUCUUUGGAAGAUGAAAGAGGAGGGACACUUUGUUCAUUCUUAAAGAAAUUUUCAGGAUCAACCAUGGUCUUUACAUGUACCAAUCUGUUGAAGUUAUUCUUAAAAUAUUUCAGACCCCAAAUGCUGG